UCGCGUCGAACCUCUCGCAGAGCGCGUCGCACGUCCGAGUACCGGCCGCCGCCCGUCAUCAGUAGUCGCCGUACCGCGCAGCCACGUAACCUCUCACCUUCUCCUUAGUUUUUAGUAGUCGGUAGUGUGAGGAGAGUGCGGAGAAAGAGAGAGAGAGCGAGAGAGAGAGAGAGAAAGAGAGAGAAGGAGAAAGCAAUCGGCGAAGAGACAAGAGAAGAGUAAUAAUCGGAAUCAAGAGAGCGAGCGAGAGGUCGACAGCCUUUUUCCCUCGUGUACACUCUAUUAGUCGUCGUCGUCAUCAUCCUCGUACUCGUCAUCCUCGUCGUUGUCGUCGCCGUCGUCAUCUUUCACCGCCGUCUCGUUGUCAUCGUCGUUAUUCGGCGCGACGAGCGCGGGGCAUUCUCUGACCCGCAAAAAUCCGUUCGCAACAUCUCCUUUUCGCCGUCAAUAAUCGCGCUGUCAUUGUAGUGCCGCGCGCGAUUAUCAACCACUCUCUCCGUGAUCCGCGGAGUGAACGAACGAAAGAUAAAUAGAGCGAUAGAAGGCAAGAGACCGUAGAUCGCGGGAGGAAGAGUUACGAAACGCGCAGCGGGAGCUCAUCACCGGCGCCGAGAGCAAGUUUCGAGCAAGGAAGUCUUGUGCGCGCCGUGACAGCAACAACCCCUUCACGCACGGUCACGAGCAAUCAAGCGCGACGACGCUCGCCGCUGCCGUCGGCGACGAGGACACCGUUCCCGAUCGCACGUAACAACAUCAACAGCAACUAAGCACGACAACAACAGACAGCACCGCUCCGGACGGAUACGCGAGCAAACUCUCGACGAGCGCCGUCGCUUCCACACCGGGCACGCGAGAGUCUCGCGACUACGACGACGACAGCGAGUAAUCGUGCGCCGCGCGUCGUUAUGGAGUCCCAGAAUCAGGAGAUCGUAGCGAGUGGCUCACCCGCCGAGGUGCCGAACGAUCCAGGGAAAAUGUUCAUCGGCGGCCUGUCUUGGCAGACCAGUCCAGAGAGCCUCAGGGAGUAUUUCACCAAGUAUGGAGACAUCACAGAGGUCAUGGUCAUGAAAGAUCCCACCACGCGACGAUCAAGAGGUUUUGGGUUCAUCACAUUCGCAGAUCCUGCCAGCGUAGACAAAGUGCUGGCGCAAGGCAAUCACGAGCUGGACGGCAAGAAAAUCGACCCAAAGGUAGCAUUUCCUAGGAGAACACAUCCAAAGAUGGUGACAAGGACAAAGAAGAUAUUCGUCGGGGGAUUAUCGGCGCCGACGACGCUGGAGGACGUCAAAAACUACUUCGAACAAUUCGGUCCGAUCGAGGAUGCUAUGCUGAUGUUCGAUAAGCAAACUAAUAGGCAUAGAGGUGAGUACACUUAUUAUUUUGUUUUUUUGAAAAUAUUGCGGAGGACUUAUUACAACUUUGUUGCGUACAAACGCGCCGAAAAUUUGAACUAUCCUAUUUAACGAGUCAAUAAUGUUCGCCGGUGAGGUAAUUAACGACUCGAGUUGAAAGGCUGUAAUUAGUAAUCACGGUAAAGCCGCGAUAAAUACGAGGAAAGAUAAAUAAAACAAAAUUUGGAAUAUGCUGCGUACGCAAAUCGUCACGGUAUUUGGUGAAUUUACGGCUCACGGAUUGAUAAUUACGAAGGAGAAAUUAUCACGAAGUACAAAGGAAUUGGUACAGAAUAAAAAGAGAUCAUUAUUAAAAAAAUUAUUCUGUUUGCGUUUGAAGCUUUAAGAAUAUUAAACAUCAUGUGGUUUAGGAAUUUUUGUACAAUAUUUAUAAAUGUUUUCUAUAUUUAAAAAAUGAUGUUAGACGUAUCUUAGAUAUAGAUGUAUCUUCUUGUUAGGCUUUUUUUAUUGUAAUUCUGCUUUUGAUGCUUUGCAUAGAAAAUACAGAGUC